CAAUCUGCCCCGGAAGUGUAAAUUGUUGCACCGGAAGAUAUACUGUAAAAAUGCGAAUUCGUUUCGCACAGGAAAACAUUUUCAUUCCGUUUUGAGCUGUGAAGAUGGCAAAUAGGACGGUUAAAGAUGCCAACAGUAUACAUGGAACAAAUCCACAAUACUUGGUAGAGAAAAUUAUUCGUACUCGAAUCUAUGAAUCAAAAUACUGGAAAGAAGAAUGCUUUGGACUGACGGCUGAGCUUGUCGUUGACAAAGCCAUGGCGCUGAAGUUUGUCGGUGGAGUUUAUGGCGGAAAUAUCAAACCUACACCGUUCCUGUGUCUCACUCUGAAGAUGCUGCAGAUCCAGCCAGAGAAAGACAUCAUUGUAGAAUUUAUCAAAAACGAGGAUUUCAAAUAUGUCCGCUUGCUUGGCGCCAUGUACAUGAGGUUGACUGGGACAUCAGUGGAUUGCUACAAAUACCUGGAACCACUGUACAACGACUACAGAAAAAUCAAGAGUCAGAACCGAAAUGGGGAGUUUGAGCUGCAACACGUCGAUGAGUUUAUUGAUGAACUGCUACACUCUGAGAGAAUGUGUGACAUAAUCCUUCCCAGGCUUCAGAAAAGGCAGGUUCUUGAGGAGGCGGAGCUGUUAGACACACGCAUCAGUGCCCUGGAAGAAGACCUGGAUGAGGUGGAGACCAGCGAAGAGGAAGAUGAGGAAGAGGAGAAGACAGAGAGAGUUCAGACCCCAGAGCCCCACAGACGGAGUUACCGAGACAACGAUCGGCCUCGCCGCUCGCCCUCUCCACGCUACAGACGCAGCAGUCGUUCACCCAGACGGAGGAGCAGAUCACCUAAGAGACGAAGCCCAUCCCCCAGGCGAGAACGUCACCGCAGCAAAAGCCCCCGUCGCCACCGCUCCCGAGAGAGACGUCACCGCUCAAAGUCCCCAGGGCAUCACAGAAGCCACAGGCAUCGCAGUCACUCCAAAACCCCAGAGAGGAGUUCAAAAAAGAGCCACAAGAAGAGUCGAAGAGGAAACGUGUGAUCCACUUUGUAUUUUGUUCUCUUUGAUAGUUCCCUUUUCUGACUUGGACAUUAAUGUGGCCAAAUUUGUACGGAAUCCCUUGUAUUUUGUUUUAGAAAGUAAUUGCAUUUCAAGAUAUUUUCAGACCAUGUAGCAGAAAGAAUCCAUUUCAAUUUUAUUUCUAAAAUCUGCAGCUCAUAUAGAAUUGUCCACAACCCUAUGUAUCAGUGAAUAAAGUUGCUUGGUGGUUUGAACAUAAGACUGAGAAUGUCA